GACGGUUUAGUUCCUGCUUGCAUAAAGUCAAGAGAAUACACUGUCCGGGUUGUUGUUUUUCUUAUCUUUGAGCUAGCUGUUGUUUCUUUUUAUUUCGACCAACAUGUUCAAAGGUUUAGGGACGUGGUUGGGUUUGGAGAACCCGACGUACACGAAGACCUCAGAUGACAAAGAAAACCUAAGCGUGCAACAGGAAGAAAAGGUGGUGGAAGCACAGAACGAGGUAAACAAACAGCAGCCAGCUGACCAGGAUGGAGAACCAGAGGCGAACCUGGAAAACCUGGAGCACAGCAAAGGACUGGGAGAUUACAUCUUCAGUUUUGCCUCCAGUGCCACCAAGAAGAUUUCUGACUCAGUUGUAGAGACAGCUCAGACCAUCAAGAAGACUGUGGAAGAAGGAAAGAUUGAUGGCAUCAUAGACAAGACUUUCCUAGGAGACUUCCAAAAGGAGCAAGAGAAGUUUGUCCAAGAGAAGAAAGCAAAAAAAUCUGAAGCAGCGGUGCCUCCCUGGGUUGGCUACAACGAGGAGGAGACGAUCCAGCAACAGAUCCUUGCUCUGUCAGCUGACAAGAGGAACUUUUUACGGGACCCUCCCGCUGGUGUUCAGUUCCACUUCGACAUGGAGCACAUGUAUCCUCUGGCUGCUGUGAUGCUGGAGGAAGACCAACUCCUCAACCGCAUGCGCUUCGACCUGGUUCCCAAACACGUGAAGGAGGAGGUGUUCUGGAGGAAUUAUUUCUACCGGGUGUCUCUGAUCAAGCAGUCGGCUCAGCUCACAGCACUGGCAGCCCAGCAGCAGCAGCAGCAGGACAGCGAAGACAGAGGGGCCGGUGUUUCACCUGAGGACGUCGUCUUAACAGACAAUGUCAGACCAAAAACUCCACCAGUUUCCAUCAGCGACAUACAGAAGCCACCUCAAGAAGAAGAGGAGGAGAUGUCAACGAGUCCUGGAGUGUCAGAGUUUGUGAGCGACGCUUUCGACUCGACGGCCAUUAACCAGGAGGACCUGAGGAAAGAGAUGGAGCAGCUGGUGCUGGAUAAAAAGGAGAGCAUCCCCUCUCCUGAUGAUGAGUCAGCUGACUGGGAGAAGGAGCUGCAGCAGGAGCUUCAGGAGUACGAGGUGGUGACUGAGUCAGACAAUAAAGACGACCAGUGGGAUCAAGAGAUCGAGAAGAUGCUUCAGGCUGAUGACAGCUAGACGCCUGCUGAGUGUCUGUCUCCCGUACAGGCAGUGAUCUGGAUCCCAGGAUGGAUGAACAGUGAUGAAAAGUGACCAGUGAUGCACAAGGGGAUGAACUCUCACAUCCUCUGCCCCACCCUACUGUGAUUACUACAUUGUAAACAUUCUCCUGUUCCUAAUGAAGGCAUAGAUCCGGUUAUGGAGAGAGUGUGUCACCUCUGCUGGAGGCGGUGGUUAUGUUCAGGCGUGUUAGUGAAGUACUACUUCAUUGCUCCUUCCUAAAUUAGUUUUAUCGACUUGGUUUCCCUUCUUUUCUCUGCUAGAGGGCGCUCCAACCAUGAGUUUUAUAACGGAGAGGGUUCGUUGGAAAUCACAGAUCUGUAUCAAAUUAUCUUUGUUUCCACUGCUGCUUUGUGAUGGGCUGUAAAGUCUUAGUGUAGUUAUAGUACAGUAAAGUCAAAUGUAAAGUUCCAGUUAUGUAAAUAAAAAGGAUUCUAACACUAUACUUAACUUCAAGUUGCAUUCCCCGCUUAUUACACCCGCUCAUCAAUUUACACUUUGUAACACAUUUUGACAAAUUUCUGUUCACAUCUCCUUUACUUUGUUUUCACUGUAACUGAAAUACUGUAUAUUUUCUGUUUUAUCAGUCACCCUGUAAUAAAUAUUUAUAUGUUAUUAUGAACAACAUACAUCAUGUUUGGACAUCGUGGUGGGCGUAAAGGCCAGGGAAACUAGCUGUGAAACUGAUAGAAAAUAAGUAUUUAAACAUGUCAUGUGAUAGGAUACAUAUACAGUAGAGACCACAUCAAAAAUCUCUAAUAUUUUCAUGUGAAAAUGGAAAUAAUCAAAGAGUUUGAGGCUUCAAAUAUUUUGACAUCAGUGAGCAAAUGGGGUCCUGACCAACUUAACUUCUUUGUAGUAAAGGUCAGAUUUC